CGCGCCCGGGCAGCCUCCCAUUGGCUGCCGGCGGACACCCGGAGCAGGUCGCUCUCCCUGGUGCUGAAACCGCUGGCGGUCGUGAUAAUGUAAUGGCAAUGAGGCACAACAGAGCGUCACACCAAAAUGGACGAUGAUCUGUUCCAGCUGAGACAACUGCCUGUUGUGAAGUUCCGUCGCACAGGUGAGAGUGCACGCUCUGAGGAUGACGGCGGGAGUCGAGAGCAAGACGUCCGGAUUGGUGCAGAGCAGACCAAUCUGGAGUCUGUGGCACUUGCAGAUGGAGCACCAGUUCCCCGGGAGUUUGCGAAUCCGACUGAUGACACAUUCAUGGUGGAGGAUGCUGUAGAGGCCAUCGGCUUUGGGACGUUUCAGUGGAAACUUUCCAUCCUGACUGGUCUGUCCUGGAUGGCUGAUGCUAUGGAGAUGAUGAUCCUCAGCAUCUUGGCCCCGCAGCUCCACUGUGAAUGGAGACUGCCGAGCCUCGAGGUGGCACUGCUUACAUCGGCAGUGUUCAUUGGCAUGAUGAUCAGCUCCUCUCUCUGGGGAAACAUAUCUGACAAGUACGGCAGAAAGACAGGUCUGAAGAUGAGCGUGUUGUGGACUAUGUUCUAUGGCCUGAUGAGUGCAUUUGCACCGAUAUACGGCUGGAUCCUCUUCCUCCGCGCCCUGGUGGGCUUUGGCAUUGGGGGAGCCCCACAGUCGGUGACGCUGUACGCUGAAUUUCUGCCUAUGAGGUCCAGAGCCACAUGCAUCUUGCUGAUAGAGAUAUUUUGGGCGCUGGGCACUGUGUUUGAGGUGCUCUUAGCAAUCCUGGUGAUGCCCACUCUCGGCUGGCGUUGGCUGCUUGCUCUGUCUACCAUUCCUCUCUUCAUCUUUGCUAUCCUGUGUUUUUGGCUACCGGAAAGCGCUAGAUACGACGUGUUGACAGGGAAUCAGGAAAAAGCUCUGGCCACCUUGAAGCGUAUUGCCACAGAGAAUGGAGCACCAAUGCCGCUGGGAAAGCUCAUUGCUGCCAGACAGGAGGACCGAGGGAAGAUCCAAGAUUUAUUUUCUUCACACUUUCGCUGGACCACAGUCCUGCUGUGGUUUAUUUGGUUCUCGAAUGCCUUCUCCUACUAUGGACUGGUGCUACUCACCACAGAACUGUUUCAGGAGGGAGGUGCAUGUGGAGUGGCCAAAGGUAAUAAGAUGGAGCCCCGAUGCAGCUUGGAGUGUAAAUACCUAAAUUCUGACGAUUAUAAGGAUCUGUUGUGGACCACCUUAUCUGAAUUCCCAGGACUGCUGGUGACAUUAUGGGCUAUUGACCGUUUGGGAAGAAGGAAGACGAUGGCAUUGUGCUUCAUGGUCUUCUCUCUAUGCAUCAUUCCACUUUAUGGUUGCAUCGGGAGGACGUCUAUGACAGUGUUGAUAUUCAUUGCUAGGGCGUUCAUUGCAGGAGGAUUUCAGGCUGCCUAUGUGUACACUCCAGAGGUGUACCCAACAGCGACCAGGGCAUUAGGUCUGGGAACAAGUAGUGGCAUGGCCAGAGUCGGUGCCCUUAUUACACCUUUUGUUGCACAGGUUAUGUUGGAGUCUUCUGUAUACCUGACUCUCUCAGUGUACUGCUGCUGCUGCCUAUUAGCUGCCAUUGCAUCCUGCGCCCUGCCAAUUGAGACAACUGGCCGGGGCCUCCAGGAGUCCAGCCACCGUGAGUGGGGCCAGGAGAUGAUGGGCCGAGCUUCCUCCCAUAUCCCCCGCUCCAGCUCUGGCUCCCAGGAGUGAGGAGAGGCUGACGUGUAACAGAGAGGUGACAGGAGUGAAGAAAAGACGCAAGGAGAAAGAAAGCUACACCAGCUUUCCUUGUCCUUCUUCAGUCACAUCUUAUGACUCUUCAGUAUAUGCACCAUAGUGGCUUCAAAGAGCCAGCCAGCACAGUGUCUUUGAAAAAAAAAGAAAAAAAAAGAAAACAGAUCACUAUACUUGUAGUCUUCAACCACCAUUACUGUCAUGAUUUUGCCAUGUAUGAUAACCACACACUGGGUUAUUGCAAAGACCAAAACAGACAACAAAAAUAACCAGCUGAAUGGUGGCAGAUGUGAAUUCAUUCUGAAUGAUGGAGAUUUCAAGUUCUUCAAGUGAAUCCAGUAUUGAGGGAAGCAAGCAUGCCUGUAGAGGGUAAAAGCGGUAGAUAGAAAAUAGGACAAUUAUAGCUUCAGACAACUAAUUUCUUUUCAAAGAGCCUUAAAACAAUGGUCCUAUUCACUUUGUGGUUGAGAGACUAACUUGCCCUUUACCUUAUGAAACAGCUGCUUUGAAUAUAAUGUUCGAGAUAGAGAGAUAAGUAGGUAAGAGUGAUUAUUAUCUCGUGCACACAAUUUGCCUCUGAUGAUGCACUAAUUAGAAAAUCAACUUUAAUAGAGGUGCACUGCUGGAGUUAAAUGCAGUUCCACAUCAUCAAAGUAAUCAUCAGACCAUGAGAUUAAAUAAAGUCUGAGGCUACUUCACUUAAGACACACUCGUGUGAAGGCACUAAUUAUCAAGUCAGUCAAGAAGAUGACAGUAGUCAGUGCUUUGCUGGUGCAAGCAAUCAUAUUUCUGUUCUGUCUUAAAAUGUUGUAUUUUCCUGUGUUAAAGUAACAGUAGUGUUUCACAUAAAAUGCAGUUUGCAUAUGAAUGACCGCAGAAGUAUCAUGUGUUCCAGGUCUUACAAAGCUGCACAGCAUCUCAUGUUCCUCUCACAAAUCUGGAGUAUAAUAAAUAAAAAUAUCACAUGACUUGACUUUGGCAUAUUAGGAACUUAAAAAAAAAAAAAAAGAAAUAUUUCAGUAUUUUCAUCACCCAAAGUUGACGAGACCUGUUAAUAGAAUUUACUUUACACAGAUGAAACAACUUACAUUAAGCUAAUUGUGUGGUUUUACAAUCUAUAACCCAAACCAUACUGCAUAUAUAGCUCUGUCUUAACAAAGACUUUGAUGAUGUGCACACCUUAACAGACACACCUGCAUACACAACCAUCUAGCAGAAUGUUGCAUUCUGUCUGUAUAUAAUGUAUUAAUACCUGGUUUAGUUGCUGUCUUUGCUUUUGUUUGUAAGAAAGGGAUGGACUUUGCCCAGUUUGAUUUUAUUUAACAUUCCUUGAUGUGUGUGACACUAAGCAGGGUAUUGUUGAAUAAGUAAAGAACCUAGCACAGGCCCAGCAAGCUGACUCUAACCUGCCUGUAUGUAAAAUAGGGCUGCAUUAAGUGUCUGUGUGCACAGAUUCUUGUCAAUGCACUGGAUGUAAAUGUGUAUGAUACAAUAGUAAAUUAUGUUUCAAAAACA